AUGACUGUAAAGCUUGAAAUAGAUAGAGUAGCAGAGAAAAUCAACGAUUCGACAUCAAAGAUUCUUGCCACUCUGAAUUCUCUCGAUGAAAUGCACGCGAACAAGACUUACGAGAUUCCUGCAGAAGAAGAAUUACAGAAAAUACGAUCAAAUUUCGAAGAUUUACAAUUGAGCAACAAAGAAGGAGCACUAAAAGAGCUAAACAACUGGAUGAAAAUGAGAAAAACUUAUUAUCACGAAGAUGACGCUGAAUAUAUCAAAAAUAUUGAAAACUUACAUCGUUCUUUUGCUGACUCUCUCACACCAACAUUACAAAAUCUCUUCAAAGAAAUCAAUAAUUACGAUAAUAAACUUCAUGCUUGUUUAGAUGACGUUAAUGCUCUUAGUUUGGAGCUAUUUGAGUACUACGAAGCUACCAAAUCUCAUGAUACAGAAGAGAUCAAGUUUCCAGACCUCGUUCUCGCUGACAAAGCUGUAGAAGGACAAUUAUCUUCUUAUUCACGCGAAACACUCAUUGAGCAAUUGACACAAAUGCAGAAAAGAGAAAAGUACUUCUUAGAAAUCCUCGAAUCUCUACGAAUGACCGUCAAAAAAGUUCAAACAGAUUUGGAAUCUUCUUUAGCUCAUGAGAAAGAAAUACAAAACGCAUUGGAUGCUACAAAGACCAGUCUCGACCAAAUGACUGACAAAUCAAUCGAAUUAGAGAAAACAGUCGCAUUAUUUCAAUCAAAAGAAGAAGCCAGGAUAAAAAUGUGGGAAAACGUUAGAAUUGCUAACCAAGAACCAUAUAUGGUCGGACAAGUCUUCGUUUCUCCAAAAAUUGACGUUUCUGACGAAAUUAACGAAUAUGAGAUUCCAUUUGAAGAAAUUUCGCAUGAUUAUGGUGUUUACAAUGAAGAUAUAUUCGAUAUCAAUACAGAGCAUAAUGAAAUAGAAGUCCAAACUGAUCCUGUUGAGUUUGUAACAGAAAAUGAAAUAAAUCAUGAAGAAGAGAUCAAGAAAGAGCUUGAAUUAAACGCAAACAAAGAUUCUGAUGAUAGAAAGAAGGGAAUAAUUGAUUCAGAAUCAGAGAAACAACUUCCAAAAUUAAAAUCAAAUAAUUCAUCAGAAGUUGAGAAAGAAAUAACAUAUUACAGACCAGAUGUUGAUAUGGAAGUAUCACCUGUUGUUGAAUUACAUAUUGCUUUGAUUUCAGAACCAGAUUUUAAUUAUUCUUCAGAGAAUUCUAGACCUAAUCACAGAAGAACUAGUAAUGCACAGAACAUGGCUGUUUCAAGAGGAAUAACAUUACAAGAUGGAUCUAAAAACAGCUUCAAUAACCAAGUUUUGAAUGAAAAUCAAAAUAAUUCAAACAGUAAUCUUGUAAAUAACGAUAAUUACAUCAAUUCUAGUUCAUCAAGGAGUAGUAUGAUAAAUUCUAAUGCUAAUACAAGUAACAAGAGUUUGCAUCAACUUGAGAAAGAAAAUCAACAAUUAUCAUCAAUUUCAGAAGAAUCAGGAGGAAAUGAAUACUCAAAGAAAGUCAUUCCUCCAAACCAUAACAACACUAAUUAUGUUUCAUCUUCCAUUUCAAAUCCUAGAACUAACCAAAUUCACAGGAACAACAACAACAACAGAAAUGUACAAAAGAGUGAAAUUUAUGAUGAAUACGCAGCAGAAGACAGCUUUGCAUCAUCAGAAUCAUCAGAAUCACAGUUUCAAGACAAAUUAAUCAGGUCUCAACAAGAUCUUGUAUUUAAUAACGAAGGCGUUUUUGUCGAACCUCGUUCAUUCGAAGCAGAAGAUGCACAUGAUGUUCUUCGGAUCAACACAAACAUCAGUCCUGUUGAUGAUCCUUCGAGACCUCAAACAGUGCGAAACAUUACAACUAACCCUCUUGUUCGAUACAACUUUGAUGACCAAAAUUGUCAAAAUCAGCAACAGAACGAGAAAGAGACACCUAAGACAGCUCAGAACCGUCCUCGAUCUCCAAUUAUCGAUUUCUGGAAAUCUCAACCGAAGAAAGGAUGGCGAGUUGGUCAGCCUUACUAUUCUGCUGCAUUCAGACAGAGGAUGCUUCGAAUUGCAGCGAUGAGAAGUGGAUAUACACAACGAUCUUCAGUCAAAGUGAAUUUUGUUCCAUUUGGGCAAAGUCAGCGAAAUGAAAUCGAAGGAGAACAAAUUCAUAAAUCUCCAGUUUCACCGAGAAGAGAUGAAAGAGGAUAUUUGCCUUCUUAUCCAGGAAUCAUGAGACCAAAUGUCAUUGGAUCAGAGGUCGGAAGGAAAGAUCGAGGUUUGGGACUCUAUAUAUCUUCUUUCAAUUUCAACAGAAAGUAA